UGUCACAUUCCAAGGGAAAAUUCAAGCAAAUCUAAUGGUGGUUCUGUGUGUUUUCGUCCUAGAGUGUGUUUUGCAAGUGAAGCCCACAAAAUGCUUGGUUUUUAUGUUACAUGUCUUGUAAUCACCUAUGUCAACUGUCAAAACAAACAACUAUUCGCAACCCAUUAUGUUGCAUUCAUCAAACUAUUCUGGUGCUCAUUGAGAGGUUAAGCUCAUGAAACUUCAUUUGUAAAGGAUACUUCCCGUUGAGGAAUGUCACCAAAGAUGCAAAUCCUAUGGCGCCAACUGUAACCACAGCCAUUUCAACAAUUGUAAUCUCUACUUAGCCUACCAACAGACAUAGACAUGUACCUCAAUACAAUUUCUAUUGGACUGCCAUCUCUUUGCUGUCUGCUGCCUAUGUGCUGGCCCUACAGUAUUUCUAGCCAUUGGACAACAGAAAACAAAGCCUUUUUCCUCUUCUCCGCGCCCGUCUUCACGUCUUCGCCUUGCCCGUCGUCCCGUCUUCGCCACGCCCGUCGUCCCGUCUUCGCCUCGCCCGUCGUCCCGUCUUCGCCUCGCCCGUCGUCCCGUCUUCGCCUCGCCCGUCGUCCCGUCUUCGCCUCGCCCGUCGUCCCGUCUUCGCCUCGCCCGUCGUCCCGUCUUCGCCUCGCCCGUCGUCCCGUCUUCGCCUCGCCCGUCGUCCCGUCUUCGCCUCGCCCGUCGUCCCGUCUUCGCCUCGCCCGUCGUCCCGUCUUCGCCUCGCCCGUCGUCCCGUCUUCGCCUCGCCCGUCGUCCCGUCUUCGCCUCGCCCGUCGUCCCGUCUACGACUCGCCGGUCAUCCCUUCUUCGCCUCGUGGUCACCCCGCCUUCGCCUCGCCCGCCAUCCCGUCUUUGCUUCGUGGUAGCCGCGUCUUCGCCUCGUCGUUUUGGCAUUCCAUAAUAGCCUAA